GGCUGUAGGCAAAACUAAAGAGAUAAGGAAAAAGAAAGGCGAGAGGUCCCAGAAAUGGCGUCGCGAGCUUCAACGCCGCCGUACGCAAGCGCCGCGAGGAUCGCCGAUUCCCCUUGCUACCCUCAGUACGCCGCCUCCCUCAAGUGUUUAGAAGAGUUCAGUCGUGACAAGAGUAAAUGCCAGGAACAUUUCGAUGUUUACAAAGAAUGCAAGAAAAAAGAGAGGGAAGCUCGACUUGAACGUAACAAGAACCGGUCCCUCUUCUCUUGAAGACUGUUUUCAAGGAUUUCGGUUUUGAUAGAUGGAGACAAGAUGGCUGUUUCAAGGUCGGAAGAUUGAGUGUUGUAAAUUUGGGCACAAUGUUUUAAUAAAAUCAAGAUCUUGAGUUUCUGACAGCUUGAUUUGUGUGAAUCAAGGUUUGCAACCUAAGGAGCAACCUUGUUGGAGAAAACUAAUGGAACACAGUUUCUGAUGUUGUCUCGUA